UUAGUGUAAACUUUAAUUUUUCUUUACCAUUUAAAGUCCAAAAUCCAGAUAUAGCACUUUAAAAUAUGAGAAACAAAAUAAAUGUUCCUAUUCAUGUUUUUGAUUAAUGAUUAUGUACUAUAUUGCUUUGACGAUCGAAGUGACAUACUGGCUGACAUAAUGGAACGUAGUUAUUUGCCACAUCACCUUAUUUAGAGUUCUUCUUUAUUAACUUGUCACAUGCAUUUUUCUAUUAUUGAUGGUUACGUUUAUCAAAGAUGGUUACGUUUUUGGCAGUGAAAUUACCAGAUGAGGGAUCUUGGCAGUGCAAAUAUAAUAUACGUCUUGCUAGGUGGAAUCAUCCAGGGAUUGGUUUAUCAUGCAGUGAUUCAUGACACGGAAAGCGUUGUGGUAGACAUUUAAAACGUAAACGUUUCAACAUAUCAAUUUGUUAAUUAUAAACGUAAUCAUAUUCUCUAUUGGAUAUCCGCGUUUGGAUUCUACAAAAGGAGAAUUGUUGAAAAAUUAUUAUACGUUUUAAGAUGCGAAUAAUUAUUUUAAACAUUCCUACCAGGUGAUACACACAAUAAGCACAGAUGUAAACAAGACUAUGGCUCCAGCCCAUUAAUCUAAUUAGUUUGUGCUCAUCACACGCCAACGUCAGUUUCUAGCUCCACUCACUUCUGACUCUAAAGCCCUACUAUCUCUGUUCAGUUCAGUUUCCCACCGAUAGUAAUUCCCGUAGCCACCGUCUCAGGCAUUUCCGCCACCACAUUAGGUUACACCCUAUACCUACUUGGUGUAAGAUAUCACUUCUCGGCAUAACCAGUUUCAUGAAAGUUGAUAAAUGGAUCAUUUCAUCAUUUGCCAUCCGGUAACCACAUGAUCGUGGCAAUUAGCCACUUCGGUAAUGAGGGGCGGUGAUCUUCAACUUGCCCGUACAAACAUUUGGGACUUGGUUAUCUGAUCUUAUACUACAAGAAAUAUCUAUUAUUUUGACUUUUUAAUAUAUGGAUCUUCAUCUUCCAAACUACGUUCAUCAAAGAUGACUAAGUUUAAGAGGCGGGACCAGGUCCGUAGGGACUAUGACAAUGCAAAUAUUUCGAUGUUUGUCUCGCCCGCAACAACUAUUUACCACAAAUCCAAGAUAAAGCUUCCAAGUGUAAUCUCAUGACAAUAGUCUAUGUAAUAUAUAGUUUUAAGCAAAUAUAGUUUCUUAUAUAUAAGUGUGUGUACAUGAGAAAAUAAUGCCUUCGGUCCAAAAAAAAAUGACAUGAGAAAAUACAACUAAAAACCAAAGUUGCCGUAAAGCAACUUUCUUCUCAGUCCAGAAUCUUCUUUUAAAACGUAAAAAUGAAUAAUCAUAUUUUCUCUAGUUGUGUUUGCAUUUUUACAGUAAAAAUCAUUAAAAUUUGAAAAAAAAAUGUAGUACAAUUUUAGAAUAUGCAUAAUUGUUUUUUAAUUUUCUUGAUUAAGUGAUAAACAGAAAUAACAAAACUAUAUAUCCAACCUUUUGAUAACUCAUGAACCAAAGUAGAAAAAAAAAAUCAAACAAAAAUUGAAACAAAAAAAAUCAAAAUUUGAAAAUAAAAUGAACUAAUCAAAAUUUAUUAAAAGCUGAUAUAUACAUAUAAAACUGAAAUAUAUUAGAAAUAGAUUAAUUACUGUUUUUGUAUAUGAUAUUUUGUCAAAAUCAAACUAAACUAUAACUGGAUUUCAGAUACAAUUCUGUAGAACCCAGAAUCCUCCUAGCUAAAAAAAGGAGAAAAGAAUCCAGAAUCCUCAAAUAGAACCAAGUUAUGAUGGAUCUGUUUUCAAAAUCCAGAAAUUCUAAAAAAAAAGAAGUCAAACCGAACCAAACCAAACCAAACCCAGCCUAACCUAACCGACUUAUCAUCCCUAGCUUGGAUCCCGCUAGACAUAGUUGAAUAACCCAACGACAAUUUUUUUCUCAGUCACUUCUCUUUCCUCUCUCCGUCUCCCACUCACAAUGUUACGGGUAACAGCCACUCUCCUCCGCCACCGCCACCGUCUCCGUCACCACAUCAGGCUCAACUCCACCUCUCCAUCUCCUCCACCACAUUACCAUCUCCCUCUCAACCACCCUACCUACUUAAUCUGGUCCUCCAACACUUCCCUCGGCAAAACCCUCGUCUCCACCGGCAUCUCCGCCUCCUUCCUCCUCCAACCUCCACCCCCCGCCUCCCACUCCACAAAACUCUUCUACCUAAAACCAUUACAAACCGGCUUCCCUUCCGAUUCCGACUCUCGCUUCGUCUUCUCCAAACUCGCUUCCCUCUCCCUCCGUCUCCGCGUUCCUCUCUCCGUCUCCAACUCCGUCCUCCGCUCUUCACUCCCCCGCAGCGGAACCAGAGAGAAUAUUGGAAUGCGCGAUUUGAACUUCUUGGAGGAGAAGGUAGUCACCACGGCCGCGGCGGAGCUAUCUUGCAAGACGCUGUUUGCUUGGGAGGCGGCUAUCUCCCCGCAUUUAGCGGCGGAGAGGGAAAACGCGCCGGUGGAAGACUCCGUCGUGUUGAAGAUGGUGGAGCAGUGUUUGAGGGAGGAGAUGGAGUGUGGAAGUGAAACUAAUCUUCUAUGUUUGGUGGAGACUGCCGGUGGAGUGGCGAGUCCAGGCCCAUCGGGUUCUCUUCAGUGCGACCUCUACAGGCCUUUUAGAUUACCUGGAGUUCUCGUCGGAGACGGUAGGCUCGGUGGUAUCUCCGGGACCAUUGCAGCUUACGAAAGUCUAAAACUUCGAGGAUACGACGUUGCUGCUGUUGUCUUUGAGGAUCAUGGCCUUGUUAAUGAAGUUCCAUUAACGUCAUAUCUGAGGAACAAAGUCCCUGUGCUUGUGCUUCCGCCUGUUCCUAAAGACCCGUCAGAUGAUCUUAUCGACUGGUUUGUGGAAUCCGAUGGUGUGUUUAAGGCUUUGAAAGAGGUUAUGGUAUCAGCUUAUGUGGAGAGAGUGGAGAGAUUAAACGGCAUGGCGAAGCAGGCGGGAGAGGUUUUCUGGUGGCCGUUUACUCAGCAUAAACUUGUGCCUGAAGAAACUGUGACGGUUAUUGACUCUCGCUGUGGUGAAAACUUUUCAGUAUACAAGGGUUCUGGUAACGAUUCUAUUACCCAGCAGUUUGAUGCUUGUGCUAGCUGGUGGACACAGGGGCCAGAUCCUGCUUUCCAGGCUGAGCUUGCUAGAGAAAUGGGUUACACUGCUGCUAGGUUCGGGCAUGUUAUGUUCCCUGAGAAUGUAUAUGAACCCGCCUUGAAAUGUGCUGAGCUCUUAUUAGAUGGAGUUGGAAAAGGCUGGGCUUCUCGAAUAUACUUCUCGGAUAAUGGAUCCACAGCAAUAGAAAUUGCCUUGAAGAUGGCGUUUCGUAAGUUUUGUGUUGAUCACGAGACCCUAUUGGAAUUUUCUGAGGGUAGAGAUGAGGAAAAGCAUAUUGUGGUUAAGGUCCUAGCUCUUAGGGGGUCUUACCAUGGGGAUACUUUAGGAGCAAUGGAAGCACAAGCACCAUCACCUUAUACAGGCUUCCUCCAACAGCCGUGGUAUACUGGAAGAGGCCUGUUUCUGGAUCCUCCUACUGUUUUUCUCUCCAAUGGAGCUUGGAAUCUCUCCCUCCCUGAAAGUUUUUCUGAAAUCACCCCAGAAGAAUAUGGAACCUUCAGCACUCGUGAUGAGAUUUUCGACAAGAGUAGAGACACAUCAAUGCUUGCAACAAUCUAUUCGACCUAUGUAUCAAAACAGCUACAAGAGUAUUCUGGAAUUACACAAUCCGCCCAUGUUGGAGCACUGAUAAUAGAACCAGUGAUCCAUGGUGCUGGGGGAAUGCACAUGGUUGAUCCUCUCUUCCAACGAGUUCUGGUCAACGAGUGCAGGAACAGAAAAAUUCCAGUCAUUUUCGAUGAAGUGUUCACAGGUUUCUGGCGUCUUGGAGUAGAGACUACUGCCGAACUUCUCGGUUGCAAACCGGACAUAGCUUGCUUCGCCAAACUGAUGACUGGUGGAAUGAUUCCUUUGGCUGUCACUCUUGCCACAGAUGCUGUGUUUGAUUCAUUUUCUGGAGACUCAAAGCUUGAAGCACUGCUUCAUGGUCACUCAUACUCAGCUCAUGCUAUGGGAUGCUCAACAGCCGCCAAAGCCAUCGAAUGGUUUAAAGAUCCAGAGACUAACCAUAACAUCAUUCCACAAGAAGGAAUCUUAAGAGAGCUGUGGGAUGAAGAACUGGUGCAACAAAUAUCAUGUCACUCUGCGGUUCAAAGGGUGGUUGUAUUAGGAACCCUUUUCGCUCUAGAACUUAAAGUAGAUGCUUCCAACUCCGGGUAUGCUUCGUUGUACGCAAAGUCUCUUUUACAGAUGCUCAGGGAAGAUGGAAUCUUCAUGCGGCCUCUAGGAAACGUUGUAUACCUCAUGUGUGGCCCUUGCACGUCUCCUGAAAUUUGCCGGGAGUUGCUGUCUAAGCUCUACAAAAGGCUUGGAGAAUUUAAUAGGGCAUAGUACUCCACAUUGUUUUGUCGUAUCAAAUGCAGUUUUUUUUUUACUAUGAUUGAAUUGAGGUAUAACCACCUGAAAAUGAAUAUGAUUGAAUUUUGUUAUGCAAAA